AUACAAGACAGCUCAUUCAAUCAAGCGAAAGUGUUGGGGAAAAUAUAGCCCAAAGAGUUCGAGGGCUGGUAAAUAUGUUACUGGUAAUCCACCAAGCUGCCAUUUUUCAAGUACAAAAGGCGCAGAAUAGGCAAAAACAGCUUCACGAUAGAAAAAUUCAGAAUAUUACUGAGUUUGGAAUAGGAAAAAAAGUUUUUGACUGGAAUGUAGUCAAGUUGCGCACAAUGGAAGGUCAAGUUGUAUCAACCCCAAUUAGUACUAGUCUAAUUAAAAAAGAUAUAACCUCUCUCGUCCCUUCUGGUGUUCUUGUAACUCCACCUCCAUUUGUGGUGCUACCUCCAUUUGCGGAGACCCAUGAUCUCGUAGAAAGCGUGGACACGACUCAUACGGCCUUGCUGCGGGCCAUACGGUUGAAAAAUAAAAUUGAAACUUUGGU